GUUUGUUGAACAGAGAGGCAGCGUUUGAGUGAUCAGUGAAUGUGUGAACGCAUGACAUGAUGGCCAACGAGUCGGAGGGGCCCUCCAAACAGGACUUGUCCACUGUCUUCGCCAAACUCAAGACACACACUUCCAAUAAGACGUGUUUCGAUUGCGGGGCGAGAAGUCCAUCGUGGGUUAGCAUCACAUACGGUGUGUUCAUUUGCAUCGACUGUUCCGCUGUCCACCGCGGCCUCGGAGUCCACAUAUCGUUUGUGAGGUCCUCCGAGUUGGACACCAAAUGGAAUUGGUCUCAACUGCGAGCCAUGCAGUGCGGCGGCAACGCACCGGCACACCAGUUCUUCGUCGACCACAACUGCACCACAAAAGACUCCCAACAGAAGUACUCGAGUCGAGCGGCGCAGCUCUAUAGAGACAAAUUGGCGCAAACGGUGGCCAAUAGUCUCAAGAUGUACGGCCAUUGUCUGGAACUGCCCACUCCUGGUCCCACUGCCAGCCCCCCGGUGUCCGCCACCGCUUCGAAGGACUUCUGGUCCGAACACGAGAGCCAGCAAUCAGUGCCUAAAUCAAGUGUUUCUUCAGCUUAUUCUUCGAUUAAAUCUCAAAAGACUUCAUCGGAUGAGACGAUUGGUCCCAACGUUAGUCUCGUGACCGCCACUAAUGAAUCCGUCAGAGACUACAAGCCAUCGCUAAUCGGCUCCAAAAAGCCAAUCGUUAAGAAAGGGAUGGGCGCCAAGAAAGGGUUGGGCGCACAGAGAGUGCAAACAGAUUUCAAUAAAUUAGAAGAGGACGCCAUUAAAGCGGACCAAAUGAAGGAUCAUAUUGGAAAGAACGACAACAAACCCGUGACCGAAGAGGAAGCUAAGGAUCAGAUAGAGUCGAUUCGUUUGGCGUACGAAGACUUAAGCGAAAGACAAAAACAGACCGAAGAGAAGAUGCGAAUCAGUGAUCCAAAUAAAGCCAAUCAAUUAGAAAGACUUGGAAUGGGUUUCAGUAGCGCGCGAACCAAAAGCAGUGGUGUUUCGCAUUCAGCCGUUUCUGAUAUGCAGACAAUAGAACAGAUCCCAAAUCCCAACACUUCUUCGUCUAGGAAUUCGCGCGUAAAAGAGAUGGAAAGGGAGCUCAUGAUGUUGGAGCUCGGCUUCUCAUCCGGUCCGCCCAAGUAUAAAGACACGCCUUUUGGCAAAAGUGAAUACAAGUCAAGGGAUGACUACUCCACCGAUGACUUCUGGAGUGAAUUGGAUAAACCGGCUGAGAAAAAGCCCGAUAUUUUAGAUACAAUUGAAACCAUUGAUUUCGAGCACUCGAGGCAUUGUAAAUUAAGCCAACAAAGAGUUAAAGAGACGCCAACUGUUUCUGAACCCGUUUCUGGCGAUACACAGAAAAAGUUUGGUAAUGCAAAAGCCAUAUCUUCUGAUCAGUUCUUUGGUGGCAAAAGAGAUCUCGAUUACGAACAGCGAACAAAUCUCAAUCGUUUUGAAGGCUCUAAUAGUAUCAGUAGUGAUGACUACUUUGGACGAGCGGUGCCCCAAAGCUCGAAGGCAUCCUCAAUGUCUAACUUCAAUGGACCCAAUCUGUAUGACAUCAAAGAAGGUGUUCGCGAUGGUGUCACACAAGUGGCCGGAAAGUUGUCUAAUUUAGCCACUAAUGUCAUGUCUUCUCUACAGGAAAAAUAUGGCGGUUAUUGAAAAUGAUUUACUAUUUUAUUUAAGUUCUGGAAAUAAUUUUUUGUUACAAAAGUAUCGGAUUUGUUGUAAAUAUUGGAUACAAAUGUCAUCUUUUCUUAGAUAAUUGUUUUGUUAUUGAAAGCCAUUACAGGAAUGGAAAGAAAUCAUUAAAAUUUUGAUAACUAUUUUCGAUUCAUAAGUGUUUCCC